AUGUCGCAUACCUACGAUGUUGGCACCAAGGCCUGGCAGCCUGAUGCGACCGAGGGCUGGGUCGCCUCGGAGGUCACCAGCAAGAAUGUCGACGGCGACAAGGUUACGCUCGUCUUUACCCUCGAGAAUGGCGAGGAAAAAACCAUCGAGACCACCCUUGACGAGCUUUCCAAAGAUGCCAUGAGCUCGACUUUACCGCCUUUAAUGAACCCUGCCAUGCUCGAAGCCAGCGAUGACCUUACGAACUUGUCACAUCUGAACGAGCCUGCCGUGCUGCAGGCGAUCAAGCUGCGGUAUGCCCAAAAGGAAAUCUACACAUACUCAGGCAUUGUCCUCAUCGCUACCAACCCCUUUGCGAGAGUGGACUCCCUCUACGUACCGGGCAUGGUGCAAGUCUACGCCGGCAAGCACAGAGCCUCGCAGGCGCCGCAUCUGUUCGCCAUCGCGGAAGAGUCGUUCGCCGAUAUGCUGCGGAAUGACAAGAACCAGACCAUCGUCGUUUCUGGAGAGUCAGGAGCAGGUAAGACGGUCAGCGCAAAGUACAUUAUGAGAUACUUCGCCACGAGAGAACCUCCCGACCAGCCUGGUACGCGGAGUCGAGGUCGUGCAGAUACCAUGAGCGAGACGGAAGAGCAGAUUCUGGCCACGAAUCCCAUUAUGGAAGCCUUCGGUAACGCCAAGACGACACGAAACGACAACUCGUCACGAUUCGGCAAGUACAUCGAGAUCAUGUUCAACAAGCAGACCGACAUCAUCGGUGCUCGGAUACGAACGUACCUGCUCGAGCGGUCAAGAUUGGUGUUUCAGCCGCUUAAGGAGCGGAACUACCACAUCUUCUACCAGCUCGUGGCUGGUGCAACUGAUGCGGAACGAAAAGAGCUGGGAUUGGUGCCGGUAGAGCAUUUCGACUACCUCAACCAGGGUGGUGCCCCGCAGAUUGAUGGCGUGGACGAUGCAAAAGACUUCAACGAUACCAGGCAAUCUCUCACAAGGCUUGGUGUGUCCACAGACGUCCAGGCGAACUUGUGGAAGAUACUAGCUGCGCUGCUGCACAUUGGCAAUAUUAAGAUUACUGCCACUCGGACAGACUCCCAGCUGGCUGCCAAUGAGCCGUCACUUGAGAAGGCGUGUGGUCUUUUGGGCAUCGAUGCUACCGAGUUCGCCAAGUGGACUGUCAAGAAGCAGCUGGUGACUCGAGGCGAGAAGAUCAUGUCCAACCUCACUUCACAACAAGCCACCGUGGUCCGAGACUCUGUCGCCAAGUACAUCUACUCUUCGCUAUUCGACUGGCUCGUGGAGACCAUGAACGGAUUCCUUGCACCGCAAGAAGUCAUCGAACAGAUGCACUCUUUCAUUGGUGUGCUCGAUAUCUACGGUUUCGAGCACUUCGCCAAAAACAGCUUCGAACAGUUCUGUAUCAACUACGCCAACGAAAAGCUGCAGCAAGAGUUCAACCAGCACGUCUUCAAGCUCGAGCAAGAAGAAUACCUGCGGGAAGAGAUCGACUGGAAGUUUAUCGACUUCAGCGACAACCAGCCAUGUAUCGAUCUGAUCGAAGGCAAGCUGGGUAUCCUUGCACUUUUGGACGAAGAGAGCAGGCUGCCGAUGGGUUCUGACGAGAGCUUCGUGAACAAGCUUCACCACAACUUCUCACAGGACAAGCACAAGUUCUACAAGAAGCCACGAUUCGGAAAGAGCGCUUUCACGGUCUGCCAUUACGCUGUUGAUGUGACUUACGAAAGUGAUGGAUUCAUCGAGAAGAACAGAGACACCGUUCCUGACGAGCAUUUGGAGGUCUUGCGGAACAGCUCGAAUCCUUUCUUGAACGAAGUCCUGGAAUCCAGCGCGGUUGUACGGGAACGAGACAAUGCGGCACUCAAUCCCAAGGCGAACGGUGCAUCUGGAAAGCGGAUGGGUGCUGCUGCGGCCAAGAAACCCACCCUUGGAGGCAUCUUCAAGAGCUCUUUGAUUCAGCUUAUGGACACCAUCAACUCGACCGAAGUGCACUACAUCCGCUGUAUCAAGCCAAACGAGGGCAAAGAGGCAUGGAAGUUCGAAGGCCCCAUGGUCCUGAGCCAGUUGAGAGCUUGCGGUGUGUUGGAGACUGUCCGAAUCAGCUGUGCUGGGUACCCAACGAGAUGGACUUAUGAAGAAUUCGCGUUACGAUACUACAUGCUGAUACAUUCGACACAAUGGACGACCGAGAUCCGAGAGAUGGCAAAUGCGAUCCUCAAGAAAGCCCUCGGCGAAGGCAAGAAAGACAAGACUGACAAGUAUCAGCUCGGUCUGACCAAGAUCUUCUUCCGAGCUGGUAUGCUUGCUUUCUUGGAGAAUCUGCGGACGAACCGUCUUACGGCAGCUGCGAUCAUGAUCCAGAAGAACCUCAAGGCCAAAUACUACCGCCGUCGCUACCUGGAAGCCAUCAACAGCAUCCGUGCAUUUCAGGCCCGAGCUCGAGCAAUCCUGGCACGACAAAAGGCCGAAGAAGCACGUCGGCAACGGGGUGCCACGACCAUCCAGCGCGUUUGGAGAGGGCAGAAAGAACGCAAAAGGUACCUACAGCAGCGAGACAAUCUCAUCCUCUUUGAAGCGGCGGCAAAGGGCUGGCUGUGCCGAAAGAUGAUCCUCGACAAGAAGUUCUCCGAUGCUGCACGUGUCAUCCAGAGGAACUGGAGAAGCUACCGGCAACUCAAGGGCUGGCGCGAGUAUCGCAAGAAGGUCGUGCUUGUGCAGAGUCUGUGGCGAGGUAAGGGCGCUCGCAAGACGUACAAGACACUCAGAGAAGAAGCGAGAGAUCUUAAGCAGAUCUCGUACAAGCUCGAAAACAAGGUCGUCGAGCUCACGCAGAACUUGGGCAGCAUGCGCCAAGAGAACAAGGCGCUCAAGGGACAAGUUCAAGGUUACGAGAGUCAGCUCAAAAGCUCGCGCGAGAAGUACAACACUUUGGAAGCGAGGACGAACGAGCUGCAGAGAGAAGCAAAUCAAGCCGGUAUCAGUGCCGCGCGGCUGGAACAGAUGCAGGCAGACAUGUCACGCUUGCAAGCCAGUUACGAGGAGAGCACCAACAACAUGCGCCGUCUGCAAGACGAGGAGAAGAACCUCCGCGAAAACCUUCGAGUUACUACCCAAGAGUUGGAAUCUGCAAGACAAGCCAAGACUGUCGCCGAAACCGAGAAGCUCGGCCUUCGACAGCAAGUGGCAGACUUGCAGGACCAACUCGAGUUAGCCAAAAGGGCCGCACCCGUCACAAACGGCGAGCUUACCAAUGGAGGUGCGGUCGGUGGUCAGCCGUCCGGGCUCAUCAAUCUCGUUGCGUCCAAGAAGCCGAAAAGGAGGAGUGCAGGUCCUGAGCAAAUCCAGACAGAGAGAUUCAGCGGCGCUUUUAACCCGCGACCGGUCUCGAUGGCGUUUGGUGCGUCGGCUAGUGGGCACACACAAAACCUAUCCGGGUCUACGUUCAAUCCUGGGCUGGAGAACGUGGAGAUGGAGCUGGAGAACUUGCUUGCAGACGAGGAUGGCCUUAAUGACGAGGUCACGAUGGGUCUGAUUAGGAAUCUCAAGAUCCCGGCUCCUGGUACCAAUCCACCACCCACCGACAAGGAAGUGCUCUUCCCUGCGUACCUCAUCAACCUUGUUACUAGCGAGAUGUGGAACAAUGGGUUCGUCAAGGAGUCUGAGCGCUUCUUGGCCAACGUGAUGCAGUCCAUCCAACAAGAGGUGAUGCAACACGAUGGCGACGAAGCGGUGAAUCCUGGCGCUUUCUGGCUGUCGAACGUGCAUGAGAUGCUAUCCUUCGUCUUCUUGGCUGAAGAUUGGUACGAGGCACAGAAGACCGACAACUUCGAGUACGACCGUCUGCUUGAGAUUGUGAAGCAUGAUCUGGAGAGCUUGGAGUUCAACAUCUAUCACACCUGGAUGAAGGUGUUGAAGAAGAAGCUCCACAAGAUGAUCGUGCCUGCCAUUAUCGAGUCGCAGUCCCUACCAGGUUUCGUCACCAACGAGAACAACCGCUUCCUCGGCAAGCUCCUACAAUCUUCGAACCAGCCCGCCUUCAGCAUGGACAACCUGUUGAGUCUGCUCAACAAUGUUUACAAGGCGAUGAAGGCGUUCUACCUUGAGGAUACGAUCAUCACACAGACCGUGACCGAGCUUCUACGAUUGGUUGGUGUGACCGCGUUCAACGAUCUUCUCAUGAGAAGAAACUUCCUGUCAUGGAAGCGUGGUCUCCAAAUCAACUACAACAUUACCAGGAUUGAGGAGUGGUGCAAGAGCCACGAUAUGCCCGAGGGAACCUUGCAACUCGAGCACUUGAUGCAAGCGACCAAGCUUCUGCAGCUGAAGAAGGCGACUUUGAACGAUAUCGAGAUCAUCCAGGAUAUUUGCUGGAUGUUGUCGCCAAACCAGAUCCAGAAGCUUCUCAACCAGUACCUCGUUGCCGACUACGAACAGCCCAUCAACGGCGAGAUCAUGAAGGCUGUUGCUUCGCGUGUGACAGAUCCAAAGUCCGAUGUCUUGCUCCUGCAAGCCGUCGACAUGGAAGACUCAGGCCCGUACGAAAUCGCAGAACCCCGCGUUAUCACUGCACUCGAGACGUACACGCCUAGUUGGCUGCAGACGCCUCGCCUCAAACGUCUGGCGGAAAUCGUGUCCGCGCAGGCCGUAAUGCAACAACAGCUCGAUGCUAACGGCAUGAUUGCUGGCGGUAAAAUGGUCGGUGACGAAGACGGUAUCGACGUGAUGGAGGGUCAGUGGCCCGUCCCCAACGGCAUGAACGGGCACAAUGGUCACAACGGAAACGGCAUCGGGCUGGGCGUGCACCAGGAACUGACGGAAGAUGGAGAGUACUCGCCGCGAGCAUAG